CUCUAGGUAUCUACUAAUUGAUCCCGACACCUGGCGUCGAAUGAUGCAAUCACUGACACUUUCUUUUCACUAAUUGCAAUUUAUUACAAAUCUUUAUCAUACUUUAUACUAUUCUUCGUGUACCAAUGAAAACUCUCCCCUAAAUAUAUAAAUAAAUAAUUUUGCCCAUCUCUGUAAAGAGCUUUCGACAAAUAGUCGGUAAAGAAAAGUCCUGGCUGACCAUCGCUCGUUUACCGACGCGGUUGCCUUUGCUACGCGGAAAAGUUCGCUUUUCGUCAGUUUCCAAAUAAAUUAUUUUACGUCUUUUACGUGAUUCGACUCGGUGACGUUCCCUCCCGGCACGACCUCAAUCCUGGGCUUUGAUAUCGUGCGUGUCAACAGGAAACACUCGAGCCCCUAAACGCAUCAUUCACUUUACAAAGUGGAAAAUAACGUCCGUCGCGGGCGAGAUACGCAACCAGACGUGCACGCAACCGUGCUGCUAUCGUACGGCCGGAAACUCAACCGGAACACCAAAUUUAAAGCAAUUCACGUAAAAUUAGUCCAGAAUUCGGGACGAAUACAGAAUCGGAAAAUGGUGCAUUAAUCCUAAACCUGUCAUUUUCAAAGGGAUUUCUCGAGGGACACUGAAUCGAAAAAUGAAUCCUUUAUUCGCAGAGGCGUGCCACCUCCUUCUUUCGUCUUCGAUGUUCGUCGUAGAAUUGCGACAUAUUCGAAGUUAAACUCAUUGUUAGCGACGAGAAAUCUUCGUUUUCGUCGGACAUGAUUUUUGCUGCGUGGAUUCUCGCGUGGCUGUGGAUUUUCAAUGGCAGAACAACAGUCGUGGGUCACGAAACGUUCGACUACUCGUUUGUGAAGUUCGUUGAGGAUGCGAUCACGAUUCUGUAUCCACCUGUGAUGGUGUCUGCGCAUCUCUGCAGGCUUGGCGAAGACGAGACGAUUAGCCUGUCUAGGAUGAUGUCAAGGAGUCGCUUGACUCACGAGAUCCAUCGCGAUUUCGAGGGAUUCGUUGGACGAACGCACGACACGUGGGACCACCGAAUCUUGUAUAUGCUGGACCUUGACUGUGACUACGCCAUUCCAAUUUUGCGCACAGUGAACGGCAGCGACAUGUUCACCGCGCCUAUCAGGUGGCUUCUGGUCAAAGACAGUAGAGUCUUUAACGGAAAUACGACGAGCCAGGAACAGGAGAUCAACGAAAUCGCGGAAACGUUUAGAGACACGACCGUUUUUCCCGACAGCGACGUGGUUUUAGCUAGAAGGCUGCGGGACGACUUCAUGGAAAUAAAGUCCAUCUACAGGCCGAGUCCUUCGCGCGACGUAAUAGUGGAGGAUCGAGGGUCUUGGACGCCGGAACGUGGCGUUCGAAUGAACGACUUUGCACCUGCGUCGCGACGCAGGAAGAAUCUUCAACGAACGCACCUGAAAUCCUGCCUCGUGAUGACGGAUCCCGAUACCAUCAACCAUCUAACCGAUUACGAAAAUAAGCACAUAGACCCAAUAACCAAGGCCAACUAUCCCUGGGUGCUGAACAUGGUGGAUCGGAUGAACGCAACGAUCAGUUUUCAGGUAACGAAUACGUGGGGAUAUCGCGACGAGAACGACUCUUGGAGUGGAAUGAUCGGGAUGCUGCAACGUGGAGAAAUUGAUAUAGGCGGCACUGGAAUUUUCUUCGUUAAGGAACGUAUCGGUGUCAUCGAUUACGUGCAACUGUACACGCGAACACGCUCACUGUUCAUAUUCCGUGAACCUCUGUUGUCGACCGUGAGCAACAUUUUCACGUUGCCGUUCCAACGUUCCGUUUGGAUCGCGAUCGGAGUCUUCCUCUUGGUGGUACUCGUUUUACUGUACUUUUCUACAAAAUGGGAAUACGUUCGAGGUACUUCUGAAUACUGGGAGAGCCUGAAUCCGGCGGAACAAACGCUUAGCGAUAAUUUAAUGGUCGUCCUGGGAGCGGUCGCUCAGCAAGGAUAUUACUAUGAACCGUACAGGGUUCCACCACGAAUCGUCACGUUAAUGCUCCUAAUCGCGGCUCUGAGCCUGUACGCCUCUUACACGGCCAAUAUCGUGGCUUUGUUGCAGUCCACCACCGACUCUAUCAAAACCCUUGCCGAUCUAUUGAACAGCCCGCUCAGGUUGGGCGCGCAAGAUAUCAUAUAUAACCGGUAUUACUUCAAGUCAUUCCAAGACCCGGUAAGAAGAGCCAUCGUGGACCAGAGGAUCGAGCCAAAGGGUCAGAAAAGCAAUUGGAUGGACAUUUCAGAGGGUGUUCAACGCCUCAGAACCGAACUGUUCGCGUUUCACGGCGAGCGUGGCACGACUUAUAAAAUAAUCCAAGAAACUUUUCGGGAAGAGGAGAAAUGCGGAAUCCAGGAGAUUUUUAUGUUGGGCGUGCUGGACCCACUUAUGGCUGUUCGAAUGCGAUCGCCGUACAGGGAGAUCGUAAGAAACGUAGCUCUUUUGAUGCACGAGACUGGCUUAAAAUAUCGUGAGGAGAAUCGGCUGUACACGGAUAAGCCCGAAUGUCAGGGCCAAACGAGUUUCAUCAGUAUUGGGUUCACUGAGUGCUACUUCGCGUUGGUCUCGAUGGGAUACGGCGCACUUCUCAGUCUCGUUGUAUUGGCGCUAGAAAUCAUCUGGUACAAAAGGUAUGGUUGGGCAAUUAUUCGAACAUGCACCGAAAGGAAGAAAAAUGUCAGUGUCUUACGAUAA